AUGGCGCUGCCGCUCCCCCUCCCCCUCCUGCUGCUGGCCGGGGUGGCCGAGGGGACCCCGCGGGGGACAGAGGGGACAGAGGAGGGGACACAGCUGGACCUGGCCCCGCUGUCCCCAGGCCGCUGUCGCUUCGCUCUGGGAAUGCAGGAUGGGACCAUCCCCGAUUUUCGCCUCUCGGCCUCCAGCGCUUGGUCUGACUCCACCGCCGCCCGCCACGGCCGGCUGGGCCGCAGCGACGGUGACGGCGCCUGGUGUCCGGCGGGGCCGGUGUUCCCGGCCGAGCAGGAAUUCCUGGAGGUGGAUCUGGGCCGGCUUCAUGUGGUGACACUGGUGGGGACACAGGGACGUCACGCGGGGGGACACGGCCGAGAGUUCGCCCACCAGUACCGGCUGCGCUACAGCCGCGACCGGCGCCGCUGGCUGCGCUGGAGGGACCGCUGGGGCACCGAGGUGAUUGGUGGCAACGAAGACCCCGAGGGUGUGGUUUUGAAGGACCUGGCGCCGGCGCCGGUGGCCCGGGCCCUCCGGGUGUACCCGCGGGCGCCGCGCGCCAUGAGCGUAUGCCUGCGCCUCGAACUCUACGGCUGCCCCUGGGAGGCUGGGCUCUUGUCCUACACGGCCCCGCGGGGACACGUCAUGGCCCUGGACCCCGUUCCCAUCGUCCUCAACGACUCCACCUACGAUGGCUUCAGCGCUGGCCCGUUGCACUUCGGGGGGCUGGGCCAGCUCUCGGAUGGGGUCCUGGGCCUCGAUGACUUCCUGAAGACCCGCGAGCGCCGCCUGUGGCCGGGCUACGACUAUGUGGGGUGGCCACGCCCCUCCGGGCCACACCCACACGUGGAGCUGGAGUUUGAGUUCCAGGAGCUCCGGGCCUUCCAUGCCAUGCAGGUCCACUGUAAUAACCUCCACACGCGCGGGGUCGGAAUCUUCCGGGCAGUCGAGUGUCGCUUCAAGAAGAGCUUGGCCACGGCCUGGGAGCCGACGGUGGCCACCCAUAGCCUGGCGGGGGCCAUCAAGGACCCCAGCGCCCGCUCGGUCACCGUCCCCUUGGGCGGGCGCAACGCACGAUUCAUCCAGUGCCGCUUCUUCUUUGGCGCCGAGUGGAUGCUCUUCAGUGAGGUCUCCUUCAUCUCAGAGGUGCUGGACGACCCUGUGGGUGCCAGCGGGUGGCCCCCGACCCCAGACCCCUCCGCCGCCAUCUUGGAAAGCGCUCGUGACGGGGGUGGGGCUAUCAACGUCACCUCCACGGUCCCUGGGGAGCCCAAACUGGUCCCACCGGUGGCCAAAGCCGAGUCUGGGCAGUCGCCGGCGCUGCUGGGCUGCCUGGGAGCCAUCAUCCUCCUCCUGGUGGCCAUCCUCAUCCUCACCCUGAGGCACCGCCUCUGCUCCGGGGCACUGGGCAAGGCCCCAGGCCGCGGGCCAGAGGCGGCGCUGCGGGUUCAGCUCUCGGGGGACACCGUGGUCAUCAACAACGCCACGGCGGGGGGAGGGGCACGGGGGCUGCCCCGCUACGAGCGGAUCCCGACCGGAACCGGGACCGGGACCGGAACCGGAACCGGGGAGUACCAGGAACCCACCCGGGCACGGCCCCGACCCCCCGCGCUGCCCCCCGGGGCUGCUAACCCAGCCUAUCGGCUGCUCCUGGCCACCUACGCCCGGCCAAUGGGAGGCCUCGCCCGGACCACGCCCGACGGCGGCAAGCCAAUCAACACCGACGGUAAGGGUGAGCCCGAGGGGGGGGCAGGGGCCUACGCCGAGGCUGAUGUCACAGGAGGCUCUGGAUACGCCCUGGCUGGCCCCGCCCACAGCCCCGCCCACAGCCACGCCCUCCCCUCCUUCCCACGGCACCUCCUGCGCUUCCGGGAGAAGCUGGGGGAGGGGCAGUUUGGAGAGGUGCUGCUGUGUGAGGUCAUCGCCCCUCACACCUUGGACUUGGCCACGCCCCUCGGUUCAAGCCCCGCCCCCACAGACGUAGGGCGCCCCCUUCUGGUGGCGGUCAAGGUGCUGCGGCCGGACGCGACCAAGAACGCCCGGAGGGAUUUCCUGCAGGAAGCGCGCACCCUGGGCCGGCUGCGGGACCCCAACAUCGUUCGUCUGCUGGGCGUGUGCUCGGGGCCCGGCCCCCUGUGCAUCGUCACCGAGUACAUGGAGCACGGAGACCUGCACCAGUUCCUGGGAGGGCCCCGAGGCCACGCCCUCAGUUUUGCCACCCUGCUCCACGUGGGAGCCCAGAUCGCGUCCGGGAUGCGAUUCCUGGCACGCAGGAAUUUCGUUCACCGGGAUUUGGCCACUCGGAAUUGCCUGGUGGGCGACGGAUUCACCGUCAAGGUCGCCGAUUUCGGCAUGAGCCGGAACCUCUACAGCGCCGAUUAUUACCGGGUACGGGGCCGGGCGCUGCUGCCCAUCCGCUGGAUGGCCUGGGAGUGCAUCCUCAUGGGGACGUUCAGCCCGGCCAGCGACGCCUGGGCCUUCGGGGUGACGCUCUGGGAGGUUCUGACGCGCUGCCGGGAGCAGCCGUACGGGGCCCUGAGCGACGAGCAGGUGAUCGCCAACGCCGGACACCACUUCCGGAACCGCGGGCAGCAGGAGUACCUGCCCUGUCCCCCCGGCUGCCCCCCUGCCCUGCACCGGCUGAUGUUGAACUGCUGGGCCCGAGAGGCGGCCGAGCGGCCGGACUUCGGCCACCUGCACCGGGCCCUGAGUGACCAUCGUCAUCUUCAUCAUCAUCACUGA